AUGCGCUUUCUCGCAUAUGUCUCCCUUGCAUUGGGAUGCUUGGCCCAUUGCCUUGUCUCUGCGACAAGCGAUGGCAAUUCAACUGCGGUGACAUGGGAUAAAUACAGCCUUUCAGUGAAUGGCGAGCGGGUCUAUGUCUUCUCGGGUGAAUUCCAUUACCAGCGACUUCCUGUUCCUGAGUUAUGGCUUGAUGUGUUUCAGAAGUUACGCGCCAAUGGAUUUAAUGCGGUCUCAAUAUAUUUCUUCUGGAGCUUCCACUCCGCCUCGGAAGGGACUUUCGACUUUGAGAAUGGCGCGCAUGACGUCCAACGAGUCUUCGAUUAUGCCAAACAAGCCGGUCUGUACGUGAUCGCGCGUGCGGGCCCUUAUGUCAACGCCGAGACCUCCGCUGGUGGUUUUGCCCUGUGGGCCGCCAAUGGCCAGAUGGGCAGUACGCGAACCAGUGCGGAGUCUUACUACGAGCGCUGGCUUCCCUGGGUUUUGAACAUUGGCAAGAUCAUUACGGCUAAUCAAAUUACAAAUGGCGGACCCGUCAUCCUGAAUCAACAUGAGAAUGAGCUACAGGAAACGGUGCAUUCGGCCACCAACACCCUAGUCGAAUAUAUGGAGCAGAUUGCAGCGGCUUUCAGCGAGGCGGGCGUGGUUGUACCUAGUACACACAAUGAAAAGGGCAUGCGCUCAGUGAGCUGGUCAACAGACUAUGAAGAUGUCGGCGGCGCUGUCAAUGUCUACGGCCUGGAUUCUUAUCCCGGUGGACUGUCGUGUACCAACCCAGAUUCUGGAUUCAACCUCGUUCGAACCUACUACCAAUGGUUCCAGAAUUACUCAUACACUCAGCCCGAGUAUUUAGCGGAAUUCGAGGGUGGAUGGUUCCAGCCAUGGGGUGGAUAUUUCUAUGAUCAGUGUACUGCUGAACAAUCCCCCGAGUUUGCCGAUGUCUACUACAAGAACAAUGUCGGCUCGCGAGUGACUUUGCAGAGCUUGUACAUGAGUUUCGGAGGCACGAACUGGGGUCACAGUGCCGCCCCGGUGGUCUAUACUUCGUACGACUAUGCGGCGCCUCUCCGUGAAACUCGUGAGGUGAGGGACAAACUGAAGCAGACGAAGCUCCUUGGUUUGUUCACUCGUGUCUCGUCGGGCCUUCUUCAGACAGAUAUGGAGGGGAAUGGCACGGGGUACACGAGUGACGAUAGUAUCUAUACAUGGGCUCUUCGCAACCCGGAUACCCGGGCUGGUUUCUACGUUGUGGCUCAUAGCUCAAGUCCCUCUCGUGACGUGACCACGUUCUCGUUGAAUGCCAAUACCACGGCUGGUGCAAUCACUAUCCCAGACAUUGAACUGGACGGCCGACAGAGUAAAAUUAUCGUCACCGACUAUCAAGUCGGUCACGCUUCAAGCUUGCUGUACUCAUCCGCUGAAGUCCUGACAUACGCCACUCUCGACGAAGAUGUUAUUGUGCUCUAUCUGAACAUCGGACAGAAGGGGAUCUUUGCCUUCAAAAACCCGCCCGCUAAUUUGACAUUCCAGACCUAUGGUAAUUCGAACAUGACCUCUGCAAUCUCGGAGUACGGGACGCAGUACUCCUACAUUCAGGGGGAAGGCUCAACUGUGGUCAAAUUCUCCAAUGGCGUCCUUUUAUAUCUUCUCGACCAGAAGACAGCAUGGAACUUUUUCGCUGUGCCUACAACAUCCAACCCACAUGUCUUGCCAAAUGAGCAUAUUCUUGCACUUGGACCAUAUCUGGUGCGGGGGGCUAGUGUUGAUAAAAACACCGUCAGUCUCAUUGGAGACAACGCAAAUACCACAUCACUUGAGUUAGUAUAUGUCCCGCAUCAAGAGGGUGCUUGUGCUUUGACACCGAGAGGGUCUUUGCUUACCGUUUGUAUUAGAGUUUACCCAGGCAACUCCAAGGUCACCAAGCUCAAGUGGAAUGGCAAGACGAUCAAAGCGAAAAAGACGGCAUAUGGCAGUUUGAUCGGCUCAGCUCCAGGCGCAGAAGACGCUCGGGUAGUACUGCCAGCUUUGACAUCCUGGCACUCUCAGGAUACAUUGCCUGAGAUUCAAGCCGACUAUGACGAUUCCCGUUGGACUAUCUGCAAUAAGUCGACCACAGUCAACUCCGUGGCUCCUUUGACUCUCCCAGUCCUCUACUCCGGCGACUAUGGAUACCACACCGGAACGAAGAUUUAUCGCGGUCGCUUCGACGGCCAAAAUGCCACAGGAGCCAAUAUCACCGCGCAGAAUGGUGUAGCUGCUGGCUGGGCUGGCUGGGUAAAUGGAGCCUAUGUCGGCGGGGCCAUAGGCGGCCCCAGCCUGGCAUCGACCACAGCAAAGCUCACAUUCAACACUUCUGAUCUUCGCGAGACCGACAAUGUCCUGACGGUUAUCAUGGACUAUACCGGCCACGAUGAAGCAAACGUCUCGCCCGCAGGAGCGCAGAACCCCCGUGGGCUCCUAGGGGCAUCUCUCUUCGGAGCUAACUUCACAUCAUGGCGCAUGCAAGGCAACGCCGGCGGCGAAGCUAAUAUCGAUCCGGUGCGCGGACCCAUGAAUGAGGGCGGUCUCUACGGCGAGCGCAUGGGCUGGCAUCUGCCUGGUUACUCGAUUCCCAAGAGCGCAGGCCGAGACAGCCCGCUCGAUGGGGUUGCUGGUGCAGAAGGGCGAUUCUACACGACCACGUUCAAGCUGGAUCUCGACACAGACUUGGACGUUCCGAUUGGGCUGCAGCUCGACGCACCGACCAACACGACGGCUGUCGUGCAGAUCUUCAUGAACGGGUACCAAUUCGGCCACUAUCUGCCGCACAUCGGGCCCCAAACCCUGUUUCCCUUCCCACCGGGAAUCAUCAACAACGGGGAGAACACGUUGUCGAUUAGUCUGUGGGCGUUGACGGAGGAAGGGGCCCGUCUGAGUCAGGUGGAGUUGGUCGCGUAUGGCGUAUACCGGACGGGGUUCCACUUGGAUCAUGACUGGACGUAUCUGCAGCCGGGCUGGCAGGAUCGGAGUCAAUAUCAGUGA